AUGUCUUUUGUGCAGACCCUCAUCACAGCAGUGCAACCUGAGGUGGUGCAGUGGCGCCGCCACAUCCACGAGCAUCCAUAUGUUGCAUAUGAGGAGCAGCCCACUGCCGACUACGUGGCGGACCUCCUCGGCUGCAUGCCCGCGCCGCUGGACAUUCGUCGGCUGACGCCGAACAGCGUCGUGGCGGACCUUCGGGGUGGCGCUGGCGAGGGCCCCAUGUACGCCCUGCGCGCCGACAUGGAUGCACUGCCGCUGCAGGAGGAGAGCGGCGAGCCCUUCAGCUCGAAGCGGCCAGGCGUGAUGCACGCGUGCGGCCACGAUGCGCACACGGCGAUGCUGCUUGGCGCAGUGAAGGUGCUGUGCCAGAUGCGCGACCGCAUCCGUGGCACCGUUCGCUUUAUUUUCCAGCACGCCGAGGAGGUGAUUCCGAGCGGGGCAAAGCAGCUGGUGGGGCUUGGGGUGCUGGAUGGCGUGUCCAUGAUCUUUGGGCUGCAUGUCGAUGUCAUGCGCCCCUCUGGGUCAAUCUGGUGUCGUGUAGGUACGAUUAUGGGUGCCUGCAACGACUUCGACAUUGUGAUUCGCGGUGCUGGCGGCCAUGCCUCGCAGCCGGAGCUGUGUGUCGAUCCCAUUCACAUUGCCUCCGAGGUAGUGGCAAACCUCCAGUCCGUUGUAUCCCGUCGCGUGAGUGCGCUGAAGGCUCCUGUGCUGAGCGUCACGCAUAUCGCGGGCGGCACCGGUGCGUAUAACGUGAUUCCAGACUCUGUGCACAUGCGCGGCACGCUACGCUGUCUCGACCGCAACACUCAGGCCUGCGUCCCUGGCCUGAUGGAGGAGAUGAUCGCCGGCAUCACAAAGGCGCAUGGCGCUCAGUACGAGCUGAGCUGGCUGGAGCCCAACAUCGUGACGUACAACGACCCGAAGGCGUACGAGGUAGCUAAAGCUGCCGCAGUCCGUCUUGUCGGUGAGGAGAACUAUCAUGAGCUCUCCACUCCUCUUCUAGGAGUGGCUGAUUUUUCGGAGUAUCAGGCGGUGGUCCCCGGCUGUCUUUGCUGGCUGGGUGUGGGAAACAGCGGUUUGGGAGACGCUAACAACCACAACUACAGUGCAAAGUUCCGUCUUAACGAAGCGGCGAUGGAAGUUGGUGUGAAGCACCAUGUGCUCAUCAUCGCGUCACUCAUGAUGCAGGCAGAAGGCUCCAAAGAGGCGUAG